AACCCCAUGUAUGUCUACAUCUCUCUCUCUCUCCUUUUCUUACAUCUGAUGAAAAUUAAGCUCUCAGGAAGAAAACCCUAUGGCUAUGGCCACAUAAAAAAAUACAAGUGAAGCUGAAAGACAAAGGCAACCUCAAAAGUAAUUAAAUUUAUGACAAAAAACAGAGUGAGAGAGAUCUGAGGCACUGAUACUCUCUACAUCAAUUAAGGCCAAUAUAUAUCUAGAGAUCGAGAGAGAGAGAGAGAGAGAGAGAGAGAAUUAAUGAGAUAUGAAGAAAGGUGGCGGGAAGGCGGAGAUGGCGUCGGCGGCGCAACAGCAACAGCAGCAGCAGCAGCAGAUAAUCAGCGGCAGAUGUUGGCCGCCGUCGUCGUCGAGGAAGAGGGCUUCGUACUCCUCUUUCUUCCAUAAUAAUUACGAUUAUGAUCAUGAUCGAGUCGACACCCACCACCUAGAAGAAGGGUUUGUGGAUGAAGAAGCAGCUUCACCCUCUUCCUCUAUUACUGUUGUUACUAACAACAGCACUGCUCUUGCUCAAGAAUAUAAUUAUGAUUAUGAUUACGAUUAUAAUUAUAAUAAAUAUUUGUCCCCUAAAUUAUUACAUCAUCAUCAUCAUCAUCAUCAUCAUCCUCAUCAAAAUCCCUCUUCGCAGACUCAAACUGAUGAUCACACUCAGUGCAAUAGCAGCACGGCCAAGAAAGCAAGAAUUGAGCCAUCUGGGCAGUCCAGUUUCAAGGUGAGGAAAGAAAAGUUGGGUGACAGAAUUACAGCCCUUCAUCAAAUAGUUUCACCCUUUGGAAAGACUGACACAGCUUCUGUCCUGUUAGAAGCUAUUGGAUACAUUAGAUUCCUUCAGAGCCAAAUUGAGGCCCUAAGUCGACCAUACAUGGGGAAUAAAUCAUCAGCAUCGACAACACAGCACGAUCACCCUGAUGAACUCGUCGAAGAACAGAAGAAGGAUCUUAGGAGUCGAGGGCUGUGCCUUGUCCCGAUAUCUUGGACAGUCGAUGUUGGGAGUCAUGACAUCAAUGGAGCUGAUUACUGGGCUCCGGCAUUCUGCGCAAACUUUCGAUGAUGACGGCGCAAUGAUAUUAUUGUUCGCGAGGAUGUCGAAAAUGUUAAGACAUCUUGAGCUUGCAGAUUGAACUGCUUCUAUGAUAUUCAUAUAUGAUUCAUUUUGAUUCUUGAUGUUUUAGCUAUGAUGGAGAUGAAGAUGAUAUUUAAUUUGUCUAAAAUAUUAAUAAUGGUUUAUCUGAAUCAUACUACUA